AUGGGCACGGAGGCAGCCAUGGAAACUAUGAGCGCUGGUAUCGCACGCGAAUCCGAAUCGAGCGACCUUACGACAGCCACGGAGGCGGUUCGGGAUGGGAUAUUUCGCGUUACAGCCACGGACCUCGACGUGAACAUUCCCAGCGUAGUCGUAGCCGGAGCCGGAGCCGGAGCCGCAGGAGCAGAAGCAGACGGAGCCGCCGGAGACGUGUUCGGAGCCUUCAGGAGGGGGAUUUCGGGUCUCGACGUAGUCAUGGGGACAUCGAUAUAA